CACAGCUAAGCUUAGCUCCCACUCUAUCCCCCUCCCCUCUUACUGCCCUUUCUGCACCAUCCAAUUCAGCCGUAAACGAGUGGUGGACGUCUUACUGCCGGCGAGUUAUCUGCUUCUCCCCAUUUUAAACGUACCGAAAUUAAUUAGAGCAAGAAAGGCAGGACCAAGACCACGCCAACGCGAGCUAAUAAACAUGGCUUCCGCCGCCAACAGCGCCGCCUGCUCCCUCGCCGUGCCGCCCCCCUUCGACGGGAAGCCGCUUCCCCGCCAGUCCUCAGCCCACGCUGUCGGUCUCCCCUCGCUGCGGCCCACCCCCCACUUGGCCUCGCCCAGCCGCCUGCAGAUCCGAGAGGCUUGGAAGACUGCUGCUUAUAACUGCCGUAGAGUAGCAGGAAAGUUUAUUAGGAAGGCCACAGGAGAAACAACAGCCACUGUUGAGAUAACAACAGCUGCAGCAGCAGCAGCAACAACAACUACUACUACUGCGGAGUUUGCUGAUCAGCUUCCUGAGCUUUCAGACUUUGUUAGGAAAAUACAAGAAUCAUGGGACAAGCUUGAGGACAAGUACACAGUCAGCGCCCUGGCCUUUGCUGGAAUCAUUGGUCUGUGGACCGCAGGAGGCGCUGUCUCAGCUAUUGAUAGGCUUCCCCUGGUUCCUGGUGCCCUUGAACUAGUAGGAAUUGGAUACACUGGGUGGUUUGUAUAUAAGAACCUGCUUCUGGAGUCUGACAGGAAAUCACUGAUUGCAAAGGUGAAGAGCCUGUACAGUGACAUUAUUGGCAGCAGCGAAUGAUCCGAUUCUGAAGUGUUUCCACAAUUAAUUGUACAAGAGACUACAAAAAUAUAAUAAUCAUGUGCUUGUUUUCAUAAGUAGUUUUGUAUUUCUAACCUCGAUUGCAUGUAUACCAAUUAAACUAUUAAUUAUUGGACGAGUAAGUAGCGUCCCUAGCUUGUUCA